AUGGACAACAUUCUCAAAGCCGCUGGUGGCAGCCUCAACAACAAAGAGGGCGAGUCCAGCAACAAAUUCAUGGACUCCAUCAACAACAUUGCAGGUGGCGGAGAAAAGUCGGAGCAGCAAGAAGAUGGACUAGACAAGGCCGUCGAUUUUGUGCAGGAAAAGGUGCUUGGCCAAGGUCAGCAGAGCAACGAAACCGCAGCGGAGCAGGCAAAGGACGAGGCCAUUUCCGACUACAUUCGCGACAAGUACAAGGGAACUACCGGCAGCGAUUUCCCCAUUGCGGACAAGGACAAAAAGUUCGGAGUAUAG